CCGGGCCGGGCGCAGCGCGGCGGCGAUGGGCGGCGGAGCACGGGAGCUGGCGGGGUACCUGGCGGCGCUGGGCGGGUGGGUGGCGGCUUUGGCUGCCGCGGCUCUGCCCCAGUGGAGACAGAGCUCGUACGCCGGAGAUGCCAUCAUCACGGCCGUGGGGCUGCACGAAGGGCUGUGGAUGAACUGCGUCGUGCAGAGCACGGGGCAGAUGCAGUGCCGCCUCCACGACUCGCUGCUCUCCCUCGACGUUCACAUCCAGACCUCCCGGGCUCUCAUGGUUAUUUCUCUCCUCCUGGGUUUCUUCGGCAUCAUCGUGAGCGUCGUGGGCAUGAAAUGCACCAAGGUUGGUGAAGAGGAUCCCAUCACCAAGAGCCGCAUCGCUGUUGCUGGAGGUGUCCUCUUCAUCCUCUGCGGUCUGUGCACAUUGGCGGCCGUAUCCUUGUACGCCACACAGGUCACCUAUGAGUUCUUCAGUGCCAACACUCCAAUCAAUGCCAGGUAUGAGUUUGGCUCAGCGCUGUUUGUCGGCUGGGGGGCUGCCAGCCUCACCGUGCUGGGGGGCUCCCUGCUGUGCUGCUCCUGCCCUGCCAAGGAGCGCCAAGGACAGCAGUACUACCGACAGUCGCAGCCUUCCACAGCCCGGGAACCCCAUGUAAAAAUAUCGUCAGCCAUCAGGGGAGAGCAGUGCUUGUAGUGUCUGCACCGUCAGGGAGAUUGGUGCUUGGUUUCCCCUCAAAAAACACCCCAAAGCUACUGCAGUGAGGAUUGGGAAGGAAAACCGUGCUUAAAAACAUAUGUAUCUGAAGUGUGUUUUUAUAUAAAGCGUUGUGUAGAAGAAUGUUUGUAUUCUAUUAAUGUAAACCUGCAUUAACUGUUCUGUGCAAUGUACGCCGUGGGAGCAGUGUUGUUUGGGAUUCCUACUUUUGUGUUGGUUUGUUUGUUUCAAAUAGUUUGUACUAAAAAUUGUGACUCCAUUAAAACAUUUCUGAUUAUGGGUG